GAGCUUACGGCGACUUAACACGGGCAAGAAGGAGAUGGAGAGAAAUGAGGUCUGAAAAGGACCAAAUGACCGCGGGCAAGGAGAAGAGCGCCGUGGAGAUACAAUUCAGCGACGCCUCGAGGGAGCAGGAGAACCUUCCGGGUAACCUGAAGCAGAAAGAGGAGAAGAAGGAGGUUUUCACUAAGGUGGUGAUUCGCAGGCUUCCACCCAGCCUGUCAAAGGAGCAGCUAGAGGAGCUGCUCAGUCCACUUCCGUCUUAUGACUAUUUUGAGUUCUUUCCAGCAGAUCAAAGUCUUUAUCCCCACCUGUUCUCCAGAGCGUACAUCAAUUUCAAAAACCCUGAAGACAUCCUUCUGUUCAGGGACCGAUUUGAUGGCUACGUCUUCAUCGACAACAAGGGCCAGGAGUAUCCGGCGGUGGUGGAGUUUGCCCCCUUCCAGAAAAUCUCCAAGAAGAAGCUGAAAAAGAAAGAUGUGAAAACCGGGAGCAUUGAGGAAGACGCCGAGUAUAAGCGGUUCUUGGAGAAUUACUCCUGUGAUGAGGAGAAAUCUAUGGCCAAUCCAGAGACUCUGCUGGGAGAGAUAGAGGCCAAGACCAGAGAGCUCAUAGCCAAAAGAACGACGCCGCUUUUGGAGUACAUCAAAAAUAAGAAAAUUGAGAAACAGAGAAUACGAGAGGAGAAGAGGGAGGAGAGGAGGAGAAGGGAGCUGGAAAAGAAACGACAACGGGAGGAGGAGAAGAGGAAGCGGCGUGAGGAGGAGAGACGCAAACGGAAGGAGGCGGAGAAGCAGAAGAAAUUGUCCGACAAAGACAUCAAAAUCAAGCUCCUGAAGAAGAGUGACAGGGAUGACGACGUGGAUUCAGACCGAAUCAAGGAUAAAAGUGACGUCGGCGAGACGGACAGAUGCAAAUGGGAGAAAGCUGGAGGACAAACAAAGUCAAAGGACCCCAAAGAAAAAGGGCAGCCUGACAGCGACAAGGAGCAGCGCGAGCAGCACGGCCGCAGACUGAGAGACAAGGACCACCGGGGGAAGGACGAGGAGAGGAAACGCCAGCGGCACCACUACGAGUUUGAAAAGUUCAUGCGCCGAAAAGACGAGACCAAGUGGGGGAAGGGCUACUGCCAGGACCGGGCCAAGAAAGAGGGGCACCAUCAUGGCUAUUCCUACUGCCCCGACGGGGGAGACAAACUGGGAAAGGAGGACAGGGAGGACCUGGCGAACCGGAAGGAACGCCUCCGAAACAAGGUGAGCGAGAAGGACCGUCCGGCCAUGCAGCUCUAUCAGCCAGGAGCGCGCAACAGGAAGCGCAUGAGCUCAGCCGGCAAAAGCUUUGAGUGCAUCCCGGUGGGCCACUCCCCUGAAGGCGGGACGGAGCACUGCUAUGAGGCGGUUGCUACGGCUACGGGCCUGGAGAAGGGUUUUGAGCAGAGCAAAGAUGAACAGUGAGCAAUCUGGAUCUUUGUUCAACCAAAACUAAAAAUAGAAAUUUAUCCAAAGUUGAUGGCGGAUUAAGAAAAUAAAUUGAGGGAAAACAGCACUUCAAAAGCAAACAAAUCCUUUAACCGUUUGCAUCUUUAUUAUGUGUAACAGACAUCAAAACUGUGAAUGUUUGGUUUUGAGUUUGAAGUACUCGCUAAAUAUUUUCACUCACUGUUUGGUAUUCAAAGACUCCAUAUAGAAAAUACCGAGAACAGAGAGGAACCUUUGCAAGCUUAGUUAAGUGCAGAUCUUCGCCAGGUUUGUCGGGACAGACCAGUGCUGAUUGGAUAAAAAAAACAAAUCCCCCCCUUUAACAGACACCUUCUCCCUGGUGUGACAUUUUCUUAUUUAAUUCAAUGAGAAAGCGUGUCCAAACUUUUGACUGUACAUACAUGCAUGCAGUACAUGCUUAUGUGUACAUACAUGCAGUACAUAAUUGCCGUACAGUUGACGGGUACUGUACAUACACACAUACAUGCGAUAUACAAAUCUACAUGCAUUUAUAUACAUGCCUUCAUGUAGAUAGAUUCAGUACAUACCAACAUAUAUUCAUGCAGUAGCACAUACCUAGCACAUACAUAAAUAUAGAAAAGUAUGAAUCAUUGCAACCAAGAGAGGUCAACAAAGAUCAGGCUGCAGUGUACGAGACACAGAGAUGCUCACUCACGCACACACACACGCACACACACACACACACACACUAUCCAAUACUGGCAGAUAUAAUAAUGAUGGUUACCUUAAUGAUAGCACAAGCAGUCAGUGUCACACAGUCCAGUGUCUUUCCUUUUGCUCAUCUGAAGUGUGUCCCUGAGGCCGCUCUCUUGACGUAUCCAUCACCAAUGUUUUGGUGAAACCAUGACCUCUGCAACACAUCUUGUUCCUAAGCCUUUGUGGACUCCGCUGAACCUGGAUGUUUAAUAAUACUAUAGAUUUUAUCAAUGUAAAAUAUGGUACAACAUGCGAAAAAUGUAUGUAGAAUAAUUCACAGAUGAAAUCCUGUGUGUAUUUUUGUGUGUAGAGUCUUUUAUUUGUGAGCAAAGCUUUGUACUUGACCACCCAUGAGCCAAGAAGAACAUAAUAUCUACGUAAAGAUGAAGCAUUUCCUAGAAAUACAAUUUAAAGUUGCUUAUUGGUACACAGAUAAAUUAAAACUAUUGCUUUUCUA